UCUGCCAACAAACAAAAUUUUUAUGAACCUCUGUGACAGAAUGCAGGAAGCCUUGCAAUGAAACUUUGCUAGGUUCAAGUGUUGCUAGUGGCUUCUAGCAGCUUCCAGUCUUGAGGCUCCUAGCGGCUUACCAUUAAUCUGAAAAUAAGAAAAUGAGCAACAAUCAUUGAGGAAGCAAUUUUUCAGUAAAAAUGGCAAUUGAAAGUCAUAAUGAAGUGCAAAUAUUGCUGGAUAAAUUGGAAAAUUUAGUAUAUAAUGACAAUGACUCAAAUGGAGGUUUUGCUAAGGAUAUAAUAGUUGAUCUUUCAGAAUUGUUGAGCAGUGAUACUACAUCAGCCCACUAUGAUGUACAUGUGAGCUGCUCUUUGGGAAAAAAUGGCUUGCUGCAGUUCUGUCGACAAACCGUCUCCAGGAAACAUUAUGGUGAUGCCAAGAAAUCUGCCUUGGAAGUCAUCAGAAUACUUUUGGAGAAACAAGCCUCCAAAGUAGCCCAGUAUACUGAUGAGAUUUUUCUUGUGAGCGUGUUGCUGUACCGAGGGGACCCUGCUGCUAAAGUGCGCUGUGCUGCGCUGGAGCUGCUAAGUGUCCUGCUGCUUCGCUGUGUCUCCUACCUCAGUGCUGACAUCCUCAAUGUGGAGCAGCUGGUUGUUGAUCUCAGCAUGGGCAUCAGGGGUGCCAAAGUGCCAUCAGGCUGCAUGCUCAUCCUGCCUUAUCUGUACCUGCCUGUUUAG